AUGGUACUCCGGGCCAUCGGAGACCUCCCCGCAAUCAUUUGGGAGGUCCUGGCCGCCAUCAUCUGGGAAGGGUGGGUCUCCAUCACUAACCAGCUCCGUCUCCUCAUAGCGACCUACCCCCUCAUGGUCCUCCUCUACUUCUCCACCAGCGGUUUUGACCUCACCACCGUCAUCAGCACCGGCUGUAUCGCCUACCUGUACGCUUCGUUCCUCUACUAUUUCCGCCUCAAGGACCGCCUGCCGUGGGCCUGCCUCGCCGCGGCGUUGAUCUGGUUCGACGGCCCCAACAGACAGCUCAUGCGCCGCGCCGCGAUCGCGGUCUUCAUGCUGGCGCGGGACAACGACUGGCGUGUCGUGGUGGACAAGAGGCUGCGGAAACAGACGUUGCCCUGGCAGGACGGUAGCGGAUUUGAGUUCCUGUACAACUUCGAGGGGCGGGAGUUGCUCCGGGAGGUAUCUUUGUAUUGGGUCAAUACGCUCUGCUCAUCGUUCGGCCAGCACCGCGUGCAUGAUGACUUCACUCUCCGGACUUCCAUCAGGACCAUGGACGUGUUUGUCCUGCCACUUCUGGGGUGUAUCGAUUGGGCUUGGCGGUACAGGCAGGCUCAGAAACGUACGAGGAUGGCCGAGAUGGAGAGGCGAAGGGUCGAGUUGUUCUGA